GGCCCGGAGCUGUGUGUGUGUGUGAAAGGGGACCCCGCCCGCCUCCAUGGCUCACUCGUCAGACCCGUCCCGCAGGGAGAAGACCCCCGGCCCACAGGGGUCGCACACCGCCACACGCAACCUCUUGCGGAAGAAGGAGCAGCGGCGGCGUGGAAUCCGAUCCUCCUCGCCCAUGGGCCGGGUCAUCCUCAUCAACUCCCCUGUGGACGGUGGAGAUGACAGCGAGGACCUCCACACCAUCACUGUGGAUAAGAGUGUGGAUGGGAAGCUCGGCUUCAGCGUGCGCGGAGGCUCCGAACACGGCCUCAGCAUCUUCGUCAGUAAGGUGGAGGACCACAGCACAGCGGAGGAAGCGGGUCUGCUCGUAGGAGACAAACUGGUGGAGGUGAAUGGCAUCAGCCUGGAGAGCAUCACCAUGAGCAGCGCCGUGAAGGUCCUGACAGGAAACAACCGGCUGAGGAUGGUGGUGAGACGAGUCGGCAAAGUCCCCGGCAUUCGCUACUCCAAAGAGAAGACUACCUGGGUGGACUUGAUUCACAGGCGUAUGGUGGUGGAGGAGAGCGGGAGGACGCCGUCGGAGGCCAGCUCCGGCAGCGCCCUCCGGAGGAUUGUGCACCUCUACACCACCUCAGAUGACUACUGCCUCGGCUUUAACAUCCGGGGGGGGAAGGAGUUUGGUCUGGGAAUCUACGUCUCUAAACUGGAUCCCGGUGGACUGGCUGAGCAGAACGGAAUAAAGAUGGGGGACCAGAUCCUGGCGGCCAACGGCGUGAGCUUUGAGGACAUCAGCCACAGCAGCGCGGUGGAGGUGCUGAAGAGCCACACACACGUCAUGCUGACCAUCAAGGAAGCAGGACGAUACCCUGCUUAUAAGGAGAUG